GGUGCACGUGCGGGGCGUGCCCUCCAGCUGCAGCCUGCCGGAUGUCGCGGCGCUGCUCGCAGGGGGCGGCGCCGGCGCCCCGUUCUGCUACCGCGUGUCCGACGGCGUGGUCGCCGCCGAGCUCGAGUCGGCGUCCGCGGUGGAGGCGGCCAUCGCCUUGACUGGCAGGGUGCUCGCGCCGCCUCAGACGGGCCACGUCAGGUUCCCCGGCGAGGCGGAGAGAAGGGCCAGAGCUGAGGCAACGGCGGCGCUCCCGCCGGGCCCAGGACAGCGCCAGCCGUGCACCACGACAGAGCGUCAGAGAGGUCUGGGGGGGCCGUCGGGGUGCAGGGCCGCUGCGCCCGCGAGCGGCGCGAGAAGAGGCCGUGACCGUGGUGCGGGCGUUCCCCGGCGCCUGAGCAGCGGCGGCGCCCCCCCCCUCCCCCCGCGGCGGCGCGGGCAGGCCGAGGGGGGAGGAGGUGGGGGAGGAGGAGGGGCGCUACCGCGCCCAAAUCUUGGCGGCCAGGGCGGCAGCCCCUCGAUCCGCCGAGCCCCCUUCCUUUUUGGGGGGGGCACGUUGCGGGAGCGAUCAGAGCGGCUGUCCCUCCUCCCUUGCUCCGUCCCAGAUCUUGGAGCAUACUCGUCAUCCAUUUUUGAGGGUCCUGAGGUGCCCGAGUUCUUCCGUGGGACCAUGAGGUCACCGGGAGUCAAGAAAUUCCCGUGAGGCACAUGCUUGAGACGCUCGAAUGUGGUGCUUUUGCUCGGAAA